AUGGUCAAGGUCAAGUUACGAGUCCCCCUCUCGUCCGCACCGCGCGAGACCUCCACCCCUCUUAGCAACCCUAACCCAAUGCGCAGCGCACCGGACUAUUCGGACGACGACGAGCCGACGACUCCGUUGCGCGACGGCACCACACCCGACUACACCAACACCCCUACCCGCCACGACGCCUCGGACGCUGAAGAGCUCGACGACGAUGAUCAAGAGGGGGACCAAGAUGAAGAAGCCGACGAAUUGGACGAGCUUGACGAACUCGACGCAGAGGACGAUGCGCUUUCCAAAACUGCCUCACCCUCAACGCUCAAGCGCAGGAGCAUCACACUCAAGUCGCGACCCUCGAAAGGACCCGGCGCAAGCUCGUCCGCUUCCCCCUCGAACGAUGGUUCGGCGAGCCCGCAUUCCGGAGCGAACAGGCUGGCCAAGCGCGGCAACCUGGCUCGAAUUGCACAGGUGCAAGCCAUGUCGGUCGAAGAAUUGGAUGCGCUACCCGCAGCAAAAAGAAGAAAGACAGCCAAGGCACGAGGCGCUGCCGGACCAGGUCGCGGUUGGAGGAAAGGCCUGACCAAAGGUCAGAAACCCGUAUACGAGCUCCCACCGGCAGAGACGACGCCCGCGACCUUUGGCAAUACAGCCGCUGCACGCUCGUCGCCUGCUGCUGCAUCCCCAGCACCGAUCAAAGCAGAAACGCCCACCCCGUCCACCGGCAGCACCCCGCUCCCUACCACCACCCUGCCCAGACCCAAGUCCAUCGCCAACCUCUCCGCCGCAGCAACAGCAGCCGAGUCGAGCAGCAAAGCCUCCACCCCGGCUUCCCACACGGCUGCUGCUCGGCCAUCGCACAUCGCAAGCGCAACCGGUCCGACGUCGAUCAAGAUCGUCUCCGGCCCGGGCGGACAGACGUUUACGGGCGACCUGAGCGCGAAAGCGGGAACAGCCAAGAAUCCUGGUUUCAGGUAUCCGCCGCUGCCGAGCUCGCGUGGCGGCCCGCCCGUGCAGCCGAUCGCGAGGAUCCCCACGGCGUUCCAGGCGGUAAUCCCGUUGGAGAGGAACGCUAGGCAGCCGCGCAGAUGGGUCAAGGCCAAGAGGGAGAUCUUGAGUAUGGGCGGGAGACCAUGGAGCAUCCCCGUGUUUUACGGAGGCGAGGAUCGCGGGUACGAGAAGAAAGUCGAUGCUCCUGCGGCUGCAGGCGCUACAGGUACUGGCUCCGGGCCGACAACAGCGGGAGCAGAGAAGGUGGUGAGCAAGGCAGGCACACCGUCAGCUGCACCCGCCACAAGCAACGUCAAUUCAGCGCCAGCAAACGUCUCCCCCGCGCCGGGAACGCCUACACCCACACCGACCGCCGCUGCUCCCUCCACCUCGGCUGGCCAGCCAUCAGCAGCAACGACACCGCUGGCCAAAGGCGGCUCCCCCUUGCCCCCGCCCAAACACCUCAAUGGCCUCAACGGUCAGGCAGAGGCCAACUGGCGCGGUCAGUCGCCUGCCUUCCUGUUUGGAGGUCGUUAA